AUGUCGGAAAAGAAAGAAGAUGGCGCUCUCGACUACGAGAAGACUGAUGUGCUUCAUGAUGAUUUGCCGGUUGAGUUGGCACCUGCGAUAAUUGCAAACGAAAUCGCCCAUGAAGUUGAGAAUCACAAGUUUUCACCAUGGACAAAGUCGAUGUUUCAACUCUAUGUCGUUCUCUUUGUUGCGUACUGCUGUGGUUGCCUCAACGGAUACGAUGGUAGCUUGAUGGGUGGUCUCAACGGUAUGACUUCUUAUCAGCGAACGUUUAACAUGAAAUCUUCUGGUUCAAAUACCGGUAUCGUUUUCAUGAUCUACAAUGUCGGCAGUGUCGCCGCAGCUCCUACCGCCCCUUUCAUUACGGAUCUUUUUGGCCGUCGAGCAGGCAUGAUCACUGGCGCUAUUAUCAUCAUUAUCGGCACUUGUAUCCAAGCAACGGCAAAGGCAAUGCCUCAGUUCAUGGGUGGUCGCUUCUUACUUGGGUUUGGCGUUUCGUACUGCUGUAUUGCCGCCCCGACCUACGUCAGCGAGCUUGCUCAUCCCAAGUGGAGAGGCACACUCACCGGCUUGUACAAUUGCAUGUGGCCUGUUGGAUCCAUCAUCGCCGGGUGGGUAGUAUACGGUAGCGCUUACAUCGAGGGUGACGACGGUUGGAGAGUUCCAGUUUGGAUUCAAAUCGUCACUUCUGGAAUUGUUGCCAUCUGCGUUUAUUUCAUACCCGAAUCUCCCCGAUGGUUGAUCGCCCACGACAAACAUGACGAAGCUGCUGCCAUUCUUGCCAAGUUCCACGGUGAGGGAUCCGUCGACCACCCCAUUGUUCAACUUCAGAUGAAGGAGAUGAUGGCGCAAAUCACCUCCGAAGCUUCGGAUAAGCGAUGGUGGGAUUAUCGCGAGCUUUGGGGCUCCCGCAAUGACCGUCGACGUCUUAUCUGUGUUGUCGGAAUGGCCAUUAUGGGCCAGGCAUCCGGUAACUCGCUUUCAAGUUACUACCUAGUCGCCAUGAUGAACACUGCUGGAAUCACGGACGAGAAGAAAGUUCUUGCUCUCAAUGCUACCAAUGGCGUUCUGGGUCUGAUUGGCUCUCUCAUCGGUGCUCGUCUGACAGACAAGGCCGGACGUAGACCUCUUCUUCUUUACAGCAUUGUUACAUGUUCCGCCAUUUUUGCAGUCAUCACCGGAACCUCUAAAAUGGCCGUCGAUGACCCUUCCAACACCAACGCAGCCAACACCACUAUUGCCUUUGUCUUCCUUUUCGGUAUUGUGUUUUCCCUUGGAUGGACUGCCCAGCAGAGUAUGUACAUUGCCGAGACCCUGAGAACCUCUACCCGAGCCAAGGGAACAGCUCUUGGAAACUUUGCGUCAAGCUGCAUCUCUCUCGUUUUGGCUUAUUCUUCCGGACCCGCGUUUGAGAAGAUUGGUUACUAUUUCUAUCUUGUCUUUGUGUUUUGGGAUCUGCUGGAGGCUGUUUUCAUCUUUUUCUUCUUCCCUGAAACUAAGGAUCGAACGCUGGAGGAGCUCAGCGAGGUUUUCGAUGCUCCCAACCCUGUUGCGAAAUCUUUGGAACCCAGAAGUGAGGAAACUGUUCGGGCUACGAUGGGACAUACCGAAGAAAAGGUUGUUGAUGUAUAG